AUGACGAAAUUUUUGGUUGAAGGGUCAGUCUCUAAUUCAAUUGCGAAAGUUUCAAAAUCUAGACCUCCCAACUUGUUUAAAUCAUCUCUUGUCUUGAAGAAACCAUCUGGCAUUUCAGUGCAAGAUGGCAAGCGACCAGACGGUUGUACUCUUACUCCCUGGAGAGCUGGUAAAUGUUUGGCUUGGGAUGUUACGGUUCCUGGUACCUUGGCCGAGUGCUACGUUCACCUUACCAGCAAAGAAUGUGGUUUGGCUGCAAUCAGGAAAUUUCCUAAACCAAUUUUUAAAAUCUGUGUAAAAAAAAACUAUAAGGGAGAGAUUGGGCCAAAGUUUGCUGCAAUAGUUGUCUCCUCCCACACUGUUACCUAG